AUGCCAAUGAAAGGGCAAACUCGGUUUGGUGUGAAAGGGAAGCUGGCACCAAGAUAUGUUGAGCCAUACGAAGUCCUUGAGAAGAUCAACCCAGUGACGUAUCGGGUAACCCUACCGACGGUCAUGGAACAUAUGCAUAAUGUUUUUCAUGUUUCGAUGCUUCGGGAAUAUCUACGAGAUCUAUUCCAUGUAAUUGAGCCAACUCAUGUACUUCUGAAAGAUGACAAUACGUACGAAGAGAGGCCAAUACAGAUUGUUAAUUGCCGAAUCAAAAGAUUAAGAAACAAGGAAAUCCCAUUGGUGAAGAUUGAUUGGCAAAACCAUGGAGGGACUUAUGUGACUUGGGAGAUCGAGGAAGAUAUGAUGAAGAGGCACCUAGAUUUGUUCCCUCUAGAUCCGGUCACGAGCCGUAAGCUUUUUCUACUCUGUAUAUCUGCCUCUGAAGCCAACUAUGAGUAUUAA